GCCAAUCAAAUCAGAUGAAGAAGGAAGCGGGAACCGCAUCAGCCUCGAUUAAGCUGAAUUUGUGUGCACGCUGACUCGUCUGCUGAUUAAAAAAAUCCAGGGCUUUAGAAAUGGCUGGAGAGAAAGAAAUAUGGCAGAAGAUCGGAGAAGACUUUGUUCAGGCAUAUUACAACCAGUUUGAUAAUACAAACAGGAUGGACCUGGGUAACCUAUAUUCUCCUGAAGCCUGUUUGACGUGGGAAGGAUCUCCUUUUCAGGGGAGAGAAGCCAUUGCUGCUAAACUAGCUGGACUGCCUUUCAAGCGUAUUAAGCACAUCAUCACAGAACAAGACUUCCAACCAACGAUAGACAGCUGCAUCCUCAUCAUGGUAUUUGGACAGUUACAGGUUGAUGAUGAUCCACCAAUGGCUUUUCAUCAAGUGUUCAUGCUCAAAUCCCAAAACUGUGCGUGGGCAUGCACAAACGAUGUGUUUCGGUUGGGAAUACACAACAUACCAGUGUAGAUUUUGUCCAGUGUAGAUUUUGGCAUCCAGCUUUGAAUUUGUUCCUUUGCUAUGCUGUCGAUGAACAAGCUAGAAAUUGUACAUUCCUACAUGUUUACAUUACAUUUCUAAGCAUUCUAUUUGUAUUAAAGAUGUCUGAAAUAAUACAUCCUUGUCAAAUAAACAUUUGGUCAUUUGAA